GCUUCGCCAUCUACAUCAUCAACAACGCCGGUGAUAUCCAUGACUUCUACGACGUUGAGGAGGAGAAGAUCGGCGAGGGCUCCUUCGGACGGGUGGUAAAGUGCACCAACCUCUCCACGGGUGCGGAGCGGGCAGUGAAGAUGCUUCGGAAGGUCAGAAGGAAGUCCCAACUCGUGAUGUUCCAGAACGAGCUCUCCACGCUGAAGAUGCUGGACCACCCUCACAUCGUCAAGCUGUAUGAGCACUUCGAGGAUCGGAAGUUCAUGUACAUCGUCAUGGAGUACUGCAAGGGCGGCGAGCUCUUCGACCGGUUGCUCGAAGCGGGCCACUUCACCGAAGGACAAGCGGCCAUUAUCAUGCAGCAGAUCUUCCGCGGCGUGUACUACUUGCACACCAUGAAG